AUGACAGGCCUGCAAAAGAUGCCGUUCAAGGAAAAGCCGGUGCGAUGCUGUAAGGAAUAUGUUCGCGCGCUAGAGGAGCGACUCUCUAAGAUGGAAUCGACUCUGCAGCACGCUGGGAUCUCCCAACCGGAAACUGCCCCAGGUCCUUCAACUGCAGAUACUCAGCCUGCAACUAAUGUAACUGGACUGGCCCCUGACGUCCCGGACUCGCAGGUCCCCUCGAAUCCGAAAUCCACACCAGCGGAUGCAGCAGAACUUGGACAAGAGACAGAGGUCUUGUUCCCUGAUCUUGGAGUCAUGUCAGAACUCCACGCCAGGAUGCCGCUUGUCGGCGCCAUCAGAAGAUGGAUGAGCACCCCACAACCCAAGUUCACUGGCCCUACCUUUGUUCGCCGUUGCUACACGGCAGGCCUGCAGCGUCACGAAGCCAUCACACUGUGGCUUCCCCUGGUCGAUCACGUCACGGAGACGUUUCCGGCCCUCAACCUCGCCGAUUUCCUGCCUCGUUAUGGUGGUCUUUCGGCAACAGACGGACGUUCUGGAGCCGAUGAACUGUUUGAAAGCGCCGCAGGUUGGGCGUACGCCAACGCCUGCAUCGCCUUGGGCGCAAGCCUCAAGUGCCUAAACGAAUCGUGCUUCCUGAUGCACCGGCCCAUCUGGUCCUUUUUCAUGAACGCUUUUGAGGCGUUGCCAGAGCUUUUAGCAAGAGGCGACGACGCCAUUGCUGUGAAUGCAAUCGUCGCCAUGGCCAUUUGGAUGCAGGGCACCUUGUUUACCAGCUUGGCAAUUUCACUUGCAUCGUCCGCGUCGGCCAUGUCGAUCCGUCUUGGUUUCCAAAGGGGCGCCUGUUCAAAGCUUACUGGCGAAGGGAGCAGAAUACAAGACUGCGUUUUCUGGUCCACGUAUAUAUUGGACAAGUCGAUGAGUAUCCUGCAUGGUGUCCCGCCAAUGAUCAGCGACGACGAUAUUGAGAUUGACCUGCCAGAAACUCGGGGCACAGAUGUGCCCUGGUUUCGCCUGCGGGCACAGCUGGCCAAGAUUGAAGCCCAAAUCUCUCGACGACUAUACACGGCCAAGAGCCUCAAGCUCGACGGUGGCCAAAUCUUUCAGACCAUUCUGGACUGUGAAGUACUACUCGACGGAUGGAAAAGCUCGUUGCCUGGUACAUUAGACGAUGACAUUGUGGACGGUAUCUCGGACGCCGACAGCUUGCAAGGCGACAAGCUCGACGUCUUCCUCGUUUUCAACAACUGUCUCUUACUGACCCACUGGGCGUUAAGGCACAGUAGCCAGGACGGUCCCAUUGCACUGCGCGUGGAAAGAACCCAGUCGCACUUGGAUCCCAUCCUCCAUGUUGAUGUGCCUCGCUCCCGGCACUGUCUGCUCCGAUCUCGAUCAGCAGCACAAGCCGUGAUUCGGAUUUACUGCACAUACAGAGAACCCCCGUUCACUUUCCUCUGGAGAAAUUUGGCGUAUCCUCUGUGUGCUGUCCUUGUAUUGAUCACAGACAUUUUGGAUGAACCCGCAACGGCGCAGGCGAUCAAGCUUUUACAAGCUACGAGGUCCUUCUCCCGAUUCCUGCAACGGUUUGAGCGCGAGGAACGGUGUAGCCUCAACCAGGUUCUCCGAUCCUGCGCCACGUUGCAGCGAACAGCUCAGCUUGCCGUCCAGGAGGCGCACGAAGGCUCAGUAGUGGAGAGCCCCCUCGUCAUCACGCCCGGAACUCCUCGCUCAACGCCUAGAGAAGACGCCGAGACGCUACACUCGAUAUUGCGGUCAGCGACGAACCCAAUGUAUCUCGCCCAGGGUCUAUUGGGCAACCAGCCGAACCGAGACCAGGCGCUUUACACCAAGCUUGCUGAGUUACUUGGAUGCCCUGCACAUGAGAACCCGACCGGCAUUCCGCUUGGAUCUGAAGUGCUGUGGCCACCAUCCUACGGGCUCAGCCUCGCCCCUGACGCACGAUGA